AUGAAGGUAGUCAUUAUUGGUGCCGGAAUCGGUGGUCUGGUUUGCGCCAUAUCCUGUCGUCGCGAAGGCCUCGAAGUUGUGGUUCUCGAACAAGCUCCUGCUUUACAACCUGUUGGCGCAGGGAUACAGAUACCUCCCAACGCUGCCCGGAUCCUCCGCAAGCUCGGCCUCGUACCUCAACUGCUAGACAAGGCUACUUUGGUCGAUACAAUUGACUACCUUCGAUACAAAGACGGCGAGGUUCUGUACCAGAUUGAAGGUGGCGAGAAGAUGAAGAAGUCCUACGGCGAUGUUUGGAUGUCAGUUCUGGCCUUCAAACUUAGCGCUCGGCGCGAGAUGGUAAUUGCUCGGCCACACUACCACGACGUAUUAUGGAGCGCGGCCAAGGAGGCUGGCGUAGAGUUGCGACUUGGCGCGGAGGUAGUGGCAAUUGAUUUCGAGAACUCAAGUGUGCGUCUUGUGACUGGCGAAAUCGUAAGGGGCGAAGUUGUCGUCGGUGCCGAUGGUUAG